GAUGAGACUUUGCUCUCUGUUGAGUGCACAUUGUUCACCCUCAUCUGAAUGCAAGAGAAAGUGUCGCACUAACUGCAAGUCUGUGUAGUGGAGGGAAACUUAACGACCUCUAAAUCACGGAAAGCAGUCGGUUUUUAGGACGGAGAGUGUUUGAGGUUUUAUCUUUGGAUUGUUUGGUUUGAGCCCAGGAGGCCAAAAUGGAAAUGCGCAUGGCAGAGCCCGGUAUGGUGAAGGUGACGGAGUGGCAACAUUCAUACUCCGGGACAGAUUCAGGCAUCCAUACAGGAGCCAAUACGGUUCGAUCAGAUGAUGAAUACAACUUCACAUAUUCAGAACACCCUGCAGAAGUGGAGACUCAGUACGUUCAGACACGUGCCCAGCGCGUGAGGGCAGCUAUGUUUCCAGAGACCGUGACCGAGGGAACGACCAUCUUCUCCACACAGAUGGAUCCAUCCCAACAAACCAACGUACAGAAACUGGCCGAACCCUCUCAGCAGCUCAAAGCCGCCAUCGUUCAUCUCAUCAACUACCAAGAUGAUGCUGAACUCGCCACACGCGCCAUUCCAGAGCUCACCAAGCUCCUCAAUGAUGAUGACCAGGUGGUGGUGAAUAAAGCAGCUAUGAUUGUGAACCAGCUGACCCGUAGAGAUGCAUCGCGGAAGGCUCUCAUGCAGUCCCCGCAGAUGGUGGCGGCAGUGGUGAGGGCCAUGCAGAACACAUCAGACAUGGAGACGACCCGCGCCACAGCCAGCAUCCUGCACAACCUCUCUCACCAGCGCGAGGGGCUGCUCGCCAUCUUUAAAUCAGGGGGCAUUCCAGCUUUGGUGCGCAUGUUGAGCUCUCCGAUCGAUUCGGUUCUUUUCUACGCCAUCACCACCCUACACAACCUGAUCCUGCACCAGGAGGGAGCCAAGAUGGCGGUGCGUCUUGCUGACGGGCUGCAGCGAAUGGUCCCCCUGCUGAAGAAAAGCAACCCCAAAUUCUUAGCCAUCACUACAGACUGUCUGCAGCUGCUGUCCUAUGGAAAUCAGGAGAGCAAGCUGAUCAUCCUGGCUAAUGGUGGCCCUGAGGGUCUUGUUCAGAUCAUGAGGACCUACAACUACGAAAAGCUGCUGUGGACCACCAGCCGUGUCCUCAAAGUGCUCUCAGUCUGUCCCAGUAACAAGCCUGCUAUUGUAGAUGCUGGUGGAAUGCAAGCGCUUGGUAAGCAUCUCAAUGGGUCUAGUCAACGUCUUACGCAGAAUUGCCUGUGGACUCUGAGAAACUUGUCAGACGCUGCAACCAGACAGGACGGAAUGGAAGGUCUGCUUCAAGUCCUGGUCACUCAGCUGUCUUCAGAUGACAUCAACAUGUUAACCUGCUCCACAGGCAUCCUGUCCAACCUCACCUGCAACAACACGCGCAACAAAGCGCAGGUGACCCAGAGUAACGGUGUGGAGUCGCUGAUUCACACCAUCAUCAGGGCCGGUUCCAAACAGGAUAUUAUUGAGCCAGCGGUUUGUGCCCUGCGCCACCUUACCAGCCGGCAUCCAGAUGCUGAGGUCGCACAGAAUGCCGUACGAAACCAUUACGGCAUUCCCCCAAUAGUCAAAUUGCUCAAUCAGCCUUACUACUGGCCAGUUGUUAAGGCUGUGGUCGGUCUCGUCCGUAACCUUGCGCUGUGUCCAGCCAAUCAGGCUCCUUUAAGAGACGCCGAGGCCAUUCCCAGAUUGGUCGCUUUGCUUGUGAAAGCUCACCAGGAUGCACAGAAACACGGUUCAAGUGCUCAACAGACAUACCAGGAUGGGGUGAAAAUGGAAGAGAUUGUGGAGGGCUCCACCGGUGCUCUGCAUAUCAUGGCCAGAGAUCCAGAAAACAGAGCCAUUAUUGGCAGCAUGGAUACCAUUCCACUGUUUGUUCAGCUUUUGUAUUCACCGUUGGACAACGUCAAACGUGUGGCAGCUGGUGUUCUGUGUGAACUGGCUCUUGAUAAACAGUCGGCUGAGAAAAUUGACGGGGAGGGAGCCUGCGCUCCUCUCAUGGAGCUCCUGCACUCCAGCAACGAAGGCAUUGCCACCUAUGCCGCCGCUGUACUCUUCCGAAUUUCCGAGGACAAGAACGCAGACUACAAGAAACGAGUAUCAGUGGAGCUCACUCAUUCGCUCUUCAAACACGACCCUGCUGCAUGGGAGAUGGCUCAAAACAGCGCCAUGAUGGAUCCUGGCUUUCCCGCUGACGAAAUUGAUGGCUACGGCCCAGGCGGAUAUCCAGGAUAUGGUGAUGCCAUGCAUAUGGAGAAUCAUCCUCUAGAAGCUGAUAUGCAAGACGAUUACGGCCCUGGCAUGCCUUAUGAUAUGGGCAGAUCGUAUGACCACUACUAAGCCUGAUGAUAAAUUACACAGAAAGAGAGGAAUAUGAAAAACAGAGAGGCAGAAACUCCAAGCAGAGGGAUUUUUUUUAUUGCUGGGUGCCUGUGGUUCAUUUUUCUGUACACAAACACACACUGACGCUGUUAUUGUAAUAUAUGCAAUUCUUACUAUGCUGGGUAAGGCACAACCUCCUCAUACUGCCUUCAGACAAGGACGACAGCUAGCGGAGUUUUACACUUUUUUUUUUGUAGAAAAUGUUAUAUUUUAGCGUUUCUUAUGGGUGCAUUAAUACAUUGUUGGUAAGAGGACUGGUAAACUAUGCCAAAGAGAUUUUAUUAUAAUAUUUUAUAAUGAUGAUCGUGUUGCUUUUUGUAGUUUUAAGAUCUUGGAUGUUAUCAGUGAUUUAGACAUGUGAUCUCACAAUAACUGACUUAAAGUCAGAGCUGAUCCGUAGUCAGCUUUAGUGAAUGAAAACUGAAAGAAAUUUUUCUGCGGAUCUUAACAGAACUUGAUAAAGUUCACCGCCGUACCUAUAGAGACCAUCAUUUAAUGAAGAGAUAUUACAUGUGCGUGACCAUUUUUUUUACACUUCACUUUCACUCCACGUGUCGUUUGCAAUUUGUCUUAAUGUAUAGAUGAGAAAAUAAUGAUUUUACGGAUCUUGCGAGUGGAGAAUGUUUGAUAUUUACUUCAUGAAUAAACACUGUGCUGAACUAAAGGGACUAACGUGUAACUAAAUAAUAUCAUUGUUACUAAAACUAGCUUUACACAAGCAUCAGAAUAUUUUAGUUAAACAGACAAAGGGAUUUACUCUAUUACUGUAUUUGUAGCAUUUUACAUCACUGUCCAAAAAGUUCAAAUAAAAUCAUGUUAUCUAAA